GUUCGUUCAUCUGGUUUACAUUCCAAUCGGCAAACCGUGACAGUCGUUGAAGGACUUAACAGAUCAUUAGAAAAUGAACUCGAUUCGAAUCGAUAUAGUGCUUGGUUAGGCGGACAGCUUACCCUUCAAUCUCAGUCUCGCACUGGUGGUUUUCAAAAAGUUCGAGAUGUAGUAUCGACAUCUUAUUAUGAUCGAGUUAUGAGCGAAAGGCAGCAGUCCUUAAGGCCAAGAUCAAAAGUCGAAAGCUUUCAAAACGAUAAGAAUGAUAAGGAUGAUAACAGUGAAGCUAUUUGUAAUUCUAUAUCAGCAUUAGUGAUGAAGGAAGAGAAUUAA